ACACUGACAGAUGUAGUAGUAAGUGCUUUUUAUCAGGGAAGAAAAUAGUUUUUGUAAUUAAAAUCCUAUUAGAUACAUAUUAUAUUACAUUUUAGCGCAUGACGUGUAGAAUCGUUAUUAUUAUUCAUAAAUUCAGAAUUAAAAAUAAUUAAAGGCGUAAAAUUUGUUUAUUUAAAAAAAAAAUUAAAAUGACGACUGAAAAAGAAAAUAUUUUCUUAUUCUAUCCCAACAUAAUUGGCUUUGCCAGAAUUUUUCUUGCGAUAAUAUCUUUUUGGUAUAUGCCAACAAGUUAUAUAAUCUCCGGUUGGUGUUAUAUAAUUAGUGUUGGAUUAGAUGCAAUCGAUGGACAUGCUGCAAGACACUUUAAUCAAAGUACAAAAUUUGGAGCAAUGCUCGAUCAAUUGACCGAUCGUUGUUCAACUAUGGGUUUAUUAGUAACAUUGAGCUAUUUUUACCCAAAAUAUAUGUUUUUGUUUCAAUUGUCGAUGGCCAUUGAUGUUGCAUGUCAUUGGUUAUACAUGCAAACGAGCGUAUUUGUUGGAAAAUCAUCUCAUAAAUCAUUUGACGUGAAUGAGAAUGUAGUUAUGAGAAUAUACUACCAAAAAGAUGUUUUAACAUUUAUGUGCGCCACUAACGAAAUAUUUUAUUGCUGUUUAUAUUUAUUGUAUUUUACGACCGGACCAACUAUAUUGGGUUUUUCGUUAUUUAAAAUUGCUGCAAUAUUCUGUUGUCCAUUUGCUGUUUUAAAAACUUUCAUUUCAUGCGUUCACGCAUAUGUUGCCAGUUUAGACUUGGCCGCUGUCGAUAUAAAAGAAAGAGAGGCAGCUCGAUUAAAAAAAACUGAUACAAAAUAAAUAUAAUACAUUAUAAUAUAGACCUAAUUAUAAAUAUAAAUUACAUGUACAAGAAUUUAUGUAUUUAAAAUGAAAAAAUAUUAAAUAUUAUUGAUUUACGCUUUAAUCUGCGAUUCAUAUGAUUUUGAUUCCAUAUUGAAUAUAAUUUAAUAUAAAAAAAAUAUAGUUAUUAAGGAAAAUAAUUAUUUACAAAAACAAAUGCUAUGCUGAUUAUUUACUAAAACUAAUUAAAUGUUUCGAUGGGAAGUAAUUAACGAGAACAAAAUUGUAAAGACUAUGUCUUUUAAUAAAGUACGUAAUUAAUUAAAUUAUUUAUUAAUGAAUGUUAUUAAUUUUAUGUUUAAAAUUAAGUUUUUCAAUUUAAAAAGUGGUGAUGUAGAAUGAUAGAUACAUGAAUUAUGUAUAUUUAAAAUUACUUAAAAAUGUAUGAAAAAAAUGUUUAUAACUUGUACUUUAUGUGAUUUGAUUCAAUUGUAAUUAUUUUUUGUAUAUGAAUAAAAACAUAAUUGACUAGGAUGUUAAUGGAAGGAGAAAAACAA